CAGAGCACCCUCUCUCCCAAACCGGCGACCAGGAGGUUUCUUCGUGUGGCCAGGUUUCCUGACACUGAGCUCAGCUGAGGAAGAGGACAAGGAAGAGGCCAUGGAGCACAGUCACAUCUUCCCUGUUUUUUCCCCAAAUGGAAGCACCUGGAGCCCAGGACAGCCUCCCUCUGAGGUUGCCCAGGGAUGCCCUCUCGGACCACUGCCUGUCAUCUACUACAGCGUCCUGCUCUGUCUCGGCCUGCCGGAGGCUAACAUCCUGACAGUGGUCAUCCUGUCCCAGCUGGUGCUGCGCCGUCAGAAGUCCUCCUACAACUAUCUUCUGGCUCUGGCAGCCGCUGACAUCCUAGUCCUACUCCUUAUUGUUUUUGUCGACUUCAUCUUGGAGGAUUUCAUUUUGGCCACGCCGCUGCCUCUGUCACUAAACAACGCAGUGCAGGUUCUGGAGUUCUCCUCCAUCCACACCUCAAUCUGGAUCACAGUGCCUCUCACCAUUGACCGUUACAUCGCUGUUUGCCAUCCACUACGUUACCACACGGUCUCCUACCCGGCCCGCACACGAAGGGUGAUAUUUGCUGUGUAUAUUGGGUGCUUGCUCUCUGCAGCUCCUUAUUACUGGUGGCCUGAACUGUGGCACAGCCUGCCUGGCGUGGGAGGUGGCGGUGGUGGAGGAGGAGGAGGAGAGGGCAACAGGAGAACCGUGGCCCAGCACGUGCUGGUGUGGGCCCACUGUGCCACCGUCUACCUCCUCCCUUGCACUGUCUUCUUCUCCCUUAACGCCGUCAUCGUACGUAAGCUGCGCAGACGCCGCAGCUGUUUCCGUCUGCGUGGCUACUCUACUGGCAAGACCACAGCCAUUCUUCUCGCCAUAACCUCCAUUUUUGCUGUUCUGUGGGCACCACGUACCCUCAUGAUCCUCUACCACUUCUACUCCCCUCCUCCAGCCUCGCAAGGUGCUGGGCGACUGCUCCACGUGCUCACUGAUGUGGCAAACAUGCUGGCAUUGCUCAACACCGGUGUCAACUUCUUCCUCUACUGUUUCAUCAGCAAGCGUUUCCGGGGCAUGGCGGCCAAUGUACUACGAGCCCUGGUUCACUGCAGGAAGCAGCCACUGCCAUUCUAUGCCAGCCACAACUUUUCCAUCACAAGCAGCCCUUGGAUCUCACCAGCCAACUCUCAUUGCAUUAAGAUGUUGGUGUACCAGUAUGACAAAAAUGGGAAACCCAUCUGUAUUUCCUCUUGAAUCCUCAGCCACCAGCAGCUGCCCUACCCUAAAUCACUGGGGGACAUAGUUGGGCUUUGUCACCUUGGUGACCAGCUUUUCCCACAUGGAAAGCAUUGAAAAUGUCAACACACUCAGAGAACACAGAGGUGACAGUUUAGCUAGCUUUGAGCGAUGACAAAGUUGUAGUCUAGCAAGGUGGAAAAGCAAAUAGCAGGUAUUCACCGUAUUCACAAAAGCAGCAACCAGCAUCAAACUGGUGCUGACUGUUUCCUUCAUGCAAAAAAAUAAAGCUAAUGACUGACUGCUGCAUGAGUGAGUGAAUCCAGAUUCACAGACUGAUGAAGGGAUAGUUUCACCAUCUUUAAUGAACUGCCAUUUGUAACAGUGCUAAAGUAUAAACUGAUGGUUAGAUUAAUCCUUGGUGAAGCAUCAAAUGCUUGGUGA